AUGACUUCCGUUCGCAGGCCAUUUAAUAAGAGCCGUGGCGCAGCCCUAAAGAAAGCGCGCAAAGAAUUCAAGGGUCCUAUUGAAAAGGCGGCAGACAAAUAUGCAAUCAAGUUGCUUGAUAAGGCCCGUGACUUCAACGAGGACUGGUCGACGAACACGCGCGGGAGGCCAGUCAAAGCGCCUGUCACUGAAUCUCAUCAACGAUCAGCGGCGCUGUUGCACCAGCGGGGAGAGAAGCUUUCCGAGGCGGACUCCUGUUCACGCUGCAGCAGUAAUAAAGGCGUGUGGCAGUCGUGCGUGGUGGCGCCCAUUUACAAAAAUCGAGCACUUUACUCUUAUGCCUGCUCGAAUUGUAUUCAUUACAAGCGCCCUUCCGAGUGCUCUUUGCGCAGGAAGUUUCAGUCAAACGGAGGAAGCGCUUGGGUUGAUCCUAAGAAGACGAAGGAAAUCGUUCGGCGCGGCGGGCUGCUUGCCGUUAUCAAGCAGGAAGAACUUGAACGGGUUCAACGAGAAAGGGAACGUCAGCGUGAACGUGAAGCCGAGUCGGAAGCCCUGUCUCGUAACGGACGGCGAACCGAAGUUUCUGUCGUGGUCCAUUCACCUCCUCGGGCCACCAAGCAGUCCUCCUGUGUGAAGAUAGAAGGCCGAACGCUGCGAGGGUCCAACAAGCUUCUCAAGGAAAAGGACCUCAAGCGGGUCAGAACGUCAAUUAUCAAGACUAAGAACUUACUUUGGGGGCUCCGUGCCCGCAAAGACAUGUUGAAGCGGCGCCUCAGACUCCGGGAUAAUUCGCGAGUAAUGAAUGAAGACGACUCCUCGGGGUCGUCGGAUUCGCCGAGCGAUUCGGACGUUUCAGUCUCUUCAGACUCCUCCAACUCUUCGCAUGAUUCGGACGGUUCGGAGGCUUCGGACACUUGUGACUCCUCGGGGGAGGGAUAUGAGUCGGACGAGUAG